AUGGUGGGAUUUGUAGCACUGAUGUUAGCACUGCUGUCACAGGUAGUGUGCAAGGUCUCACUUUCUAAAUGCACCAUCAGCGAGCCGGUCCCUAUCCUUCACAAGUACUACCAGACAGGAGACAUUAUAAUUGCAGGCAUUAUUUCUCAGAUCUACAUAUUUUCUAAGAACAUAACCUUUGAAAAACCUCCAACUUCUGAAUUCUUUGAUGACCAAAUCCACUUCAGUGCAAGCUGGACCUAUCGUGCUUCCUUGGAACUUCUCUCCAGACAGGGCAAAUAUAUUCCGAACUACAAGUGCGAGAGGCAGAACAACCUAGUAGCGGUGAUUGGGGGACCUAGCUCCAAUGUCUGUGUCCACAUGGCCACCGUCUUGUGCAACUACAAGAUUCCCCAAAUCAUAUAUGCCUCUGCUCCCGUGCUGAAUAACAAAGCCCAUGCUGGUUUUUUCCACUCAAUGUUCCCAAAUGUGACCCUUCAGUAUAUGGGUAUUGUCAGGCUAUUGCUGCAUUUCAGCUGGACGUGGAUCGGUGUGCUUUCUGAUGACAAUGACAACGCAGAGAAGUUUGUCGACAAUGAGCUUUCUGUGUUUACUCGCAGUGGCAUCUGCUUUGAUUUUGUGCACAUCUUCCCCAAAAUGUCUUUUUCCAGUAAUAUUGCUCAGCUGGUAAAGAAGGGAACCGAUACGUUAAAGAUUGUCAACGAAAGCACCGCCAAUGUGAUGGUCAUGCAUGGUGAAAUUCAUACAGUAGCACUUCUGAGAACGUUGCUGUAUGAGGCAGAAUUUGAGGAUAGACCCAUGCAGGCCAAAGUUUGGAUUAUGACUGCACAGAUGGACUUCACAUCGUAUCCUUUCCAAAGAGAUUGGGGUUUAGAGUUCAUCCAUGGAGCUCUGUCUUUCUCUGUUCACUCAAAGGAGCCGUUGGGGUUCAGGAAGUUCCUUCAGAUGAGAAGCCCUGCCUCAGAAGCAGAAGAUGGCUUUAUCAAGGACUUCUGGAAGCUGGCAUUUAAGUGUACUCUGCCCAGCUCUGCGGCCGAGGAAGCAGAAGAGGAAAUCUGCACUGGGAGUGAGAAGCUGGAGAGCCUUCCAGGUUCUGUCUUUGAAACAAGUAUGACUGGCCACAGUUACAGCAUCUAUAAUGCUGUGUUUGCUGUGGCACAUGCUGUCCAUGCAAUGCAUUUACCCCAAAACCAGACCAAAUCAAACCUGAUUCUGCAGCCUUGGCAGCUCCACCACUUUCUGAGAAGUGUUUCAUUUAACAACAGUGCGGGGGAAAGUGUAUCCUUCAAUCAAAAUGAGGCAUUAAAAGUUGGCUUUGAUAUUAUCAGCUGGGUCACAUUCCCAAACAAGUCCUUUAAUAGAGUCAAAGUUGGACAGGUCGAACCAAAGAAUAACAUGGAUAAUGGGCUGGCCAUCCAUGAAGAUGCCAUUGUAUGGCCCACUAGCUUUGACCAGUCACAGCCCCUUUCUGCAUGUAAUGACAACUGUCAUUCAGGUUUUAGUAGGACAAAGAAGGAAGGAAGGCCAUUUUGCUGCUACAGUUGCACAAGAUGUCCAGAAGGGAAGAUUUCAGAGGAAAAGGACAUGGAUUACUGUUUUCAGUGUCCUGAAGAUCGGUAUCCAAACAAUAACCAGGAUUUUUGCAUCCCCAAAAUUAUAACCUUCCUGUCUUAUGUGGAACCUUUGGGGAUUGUUUUGUCCAUGUUUGUCCUUUUGUUUUCUUUCAUUACAGCAUUAGUACUGGGUAUCUUCAUUAAGCACCAGGACACACCCAUAGUCAAAGCCAACAACCGGGAACUCACCUACAUCCUUCUUACCUCCUUGUUGCUCUCCUUCCUUUGCAUUUUUCUAUUCAUUGGCCGACCAGAAAAACUCAAGUGUCUCCUUCGACAAAGUGCUUUUGGCACAGUCUUCUCUUUGGCAGUUUCUUGUAUUUUGGCCAAAACCAUCAUGGUGGUUCUAGCCUUCAAGGCUACCAAGCCAGGCUCCAAGGCGAGGAGAUGGAUGGGAAAACGAUUGACCAACUCUAUUGUUCUUUCCUGUUCCUUUAUUCAAGCCGCUAUCUGUGCUGUGUGGUUUGCCACCUCUCCUCCAUUCCCAGAUUUUGAUAUGCACUCAACACCUGGAGAAAUUAUAUUACAGUGCAACGAAGGAUCUGUGAUUAUGUUUUAUUGUCUCCUGAGCUUUAUGGGCUUCCUAGCUGUUAUCAGCUUCACUGUCGCUUUUCUGGCCAGAAAACUGCCUGACAGUUUUAAUGAAGCCAAAUUUAUCACCUUCAGCAUGUUGGUCUUCUGUAGCGUAUGGUUAUCAUUUGUUCCCAGCUACUUGAGCACAAAAGGAAAAUAUGUGGUGGCUGUGGAGAUCUUCUCCAUUUUGGCUUCCAGUGCUGGCUUACUGAUCUUCAUCUUUUCCCCCAAAUGCUAUAUCAUUUUGCUCAGGCCUGAACUGAACAAUAAGGGGCAGAUAACUCAAAGAUAUGCCCUACGGGAUAGCACUGUCCUGAUUAAGCAACUCAGGGAGCAGCUAACCCAGAAAGAUCAGCAGACAGAAAAGAAGGAACAAGAAUUGGAGGCAAGCCUUAAGAGACAUGCAGAGGUGCUGGAGGAUGAGUUCCGGAAGCAUACAGCGGAAAAGGAACUCAUACUCCAGACCCAUGAGGCAGAAAAAGCAGAAUUGCAUAGAAAACACGCCGCAGAGAUAAAUAGACUGGCGGCGGAAAACAAUAGCUUGGAUCUCGACUGGCAACAUGCAAGUCGAACCAUAGAAGAGAUUAGAGCAGAGAAACACACCUUAAAUUUAGUACACCAAGACACCAUGUCCGCUCUAAAAAAGGCCCAAUCGCAGGUAAAGGCGUUGGGAAAGGAGCUGGAGCAAACAAAAGACCGAAAUAAUAAGUUGCAACAUGCCGCUGAGAUCGCCACAGAAGCGGUGAGAAAAAACAAAGAAGCAGCCAAUCAUGAGGCAUGCAAAAAGGAGAUCGCUCUCCUGCAGAAUAAGAUAGACCGCAAAAAUGCUCUCAUAGCGGCUGUCUCUCCAUCCAGCCUCUAUGCUUUUUCAUCAGAUGAGGAAAGUGAGGAUGAGGAGGUAACCAAAGUUAGUGGAACUGCCCCCGCCCUGGUAUGUCCGGUAAUCACUCGACAGACCACCCCCAGACAUGGGAACGGCAAGGAGACAGGAGACAGUAGUUGUUACAUCGAGAAAUGGGUAACGCCUGUCCAUAAACAUGAAAGACUUUUUAUUCAGGAGAGAUGA